CGGCACAAGGCAACCGAGGCGGCUGCUCCUGCGCCCUUGCUGCGCCGAAUUCCGCUCUGCAUCGGCCCACCAGUCGACAAUGAAGGCUUCGCGUGCCGCAGUCGCUCUGCUCGGCUGCACGGCGUUCACGGCGUCGGCAGCGAAGCGUGGGCACGACGCGUCCCUGCGCUCGGUGGCACGCCAAGAGCCGGACACGGCGUGCGGGAAGGGCUUCGACGAGCUCGUGAAGGGUUCCAAGGACUGGUUCGCAACUGCGUCUGUGGAGCUCUUCAGGCACCCAGGCCGAACAACGGACAACGCCACGUACGCGAGGGAGUUCCAGUGCUGGUUCGCGCACAUGUGCACUGAUAGGUGCGGCGGCCUUCCCUCCCAGGCUGCCACUCGGAAGCCGAAGUUGACCGCCGCGUGCCAGGAUGUCAAGGUCGAUUGGAUGCCCGUGUGGUCGAUGUUCACAACUGACGAGGUGAAGUAUUUCAAGAAGGAGUUCCCGUCCAAGCAGUAUGACGAUGAGGAUGAGGGUGGGCUCCUGACGAACAGCAAGGUCAGCCAGUACAGGGAGAAGGGGGAGAAGGAGAUUAAUUACAAGGAGGCGAUGGAGACGAUGAAGGAGGUUGACAAGAAGGAGCUGCUGUGCAUGACGGCGUUCGCCAUUGACGACGAGUGCGUGAAACAUUCCUACAUCCGCCUAGCGAAAUAAGUCUGCCCGCGUGCUGCCACUUACGGACGUGUUGUGAGUAUGUACCCCUCCCGCCUCUGCGCCUCCUUGUGGCGUGCUCUCCUCAGGAGACCCCCCUCCGAGUGUCACUAUAAAAAGUGCGUUGCUC